AAAAAAAAAACUGAAGAAGGUGGCAAGAGGGGAUAAUUAGAAGAGACAAGUCAGAAAGAAAGGGAUGGCAUGAAAAAACCAUUUCAUCUUUUCUUUCUUUCUUCUGUUUCCAGAUCUUCAAACUACUUAAAACGUCGUUGUCGAACGGUUUAGAAUCAACAAUUCAGCACUUGAAAGGAACCCAUUCUCUCUUCUUUUCGAUGUUCUUUUCUAUAUAAAGUCUCUCCGCUUCCUCUUUCUCUCCCUCAUUCUAUUUCAUUCCUUUCUUCCUCUUCUCUCGCAAGUAAUUUUUCAUCCUCACUCUAACAUUACUGAAUUGUGCUCGCCCCCACUUUGUUUUUUUCUCAGCUGAGAAGUUCAAGCAAAAAUGGAAGACGGGCAUAACUUCCAGGACGUUCAAAAGCCAAAAUAUGAUUGUCUGUUGUUUGAUCUUGACGACACCCUUUAUCCCUAUAGUUCUGGAGUCUGUCAGCAAAUAGCAAUGAAUAUCGAAGAAUAUAUGAUUCAAAAGCUUGGGAUAGAUGCUGAUAAAGUUGCUGAAUUAAACGUUCCGCUGUAUAAGACUUAUGGAACAACAAUGGCUGGUCUAAAGGCAAUUGGCUAUGACUUUGAGAUCGAUGAGUAUAAUAGUUUUGUUCAUGGGAGAUUGCCAUAUGAUGUGCUGCUGAAACCAGACCCUGUUCUCAGGGGAAUUCUGCAAAGCUUGCCUAUUAGGAAGAUUAUAUUUACAAAUGCAGAUUCGAACCAUGCAAUUAGUGCACUUAAAAUCCUUGGAUUGGAGGACUGCUUUGAAAGAAUCAUAAGCUUUGACACUCUGAAUCCCUCCAACAACACCAAUCCUUCUGAAUCUAAACCUACCACCGCAGAAGUUUUGAACAUCUGUGAGCAUUUGCGCCGGCAUGACUCUGAUAUGGUGCUUCCACGCACCCCCCUUGUCUGCAAACCCUUUGAUGAUGCAUUUGAAUGUGCUUUCAAGAUAGCAAACAUUGAUCCUCAGAGAACAUUGUUUUUUGAUGACAGCAUCCGCAAUUUACAGACAGCAAAACGCUUAGGCCUCCACACAGUUGCGGUGGGCACAUCUGUUCGUACAACGGGAGUCGAUCAUGCAUUGGAGAGUAUUCAUAAUAUGAGAGAAGCAUUUCCAGAGCUUUGGGAUGAUGAGGAGAAGCACGAAUUUGUGCACUACAAGGCUGGAAUUGAAACAUCAGUAAAAGCUUAGCUUAGAAGUUUGGAAUGUCUCUCAUGAUUUGUGAUUUUCUAUUUAUAAUGUAUAUGAAAAACAACUGUAGUAGGAGAUGGAUCACACACAGCAUAUGAAUGUUUUUGUGGUUCAUUUUUCCUGAUGUUUGUGUUGGAUUUCAUGUUGGGUCACCUUUCUUUUAACCCACAUGCAUCAAAUUAACCA